CUGCCAAUAACAUAUAUUUAACCAUGAUCAAGUUAAAUGUCUUAUUUGUGUUGCUACAUGCCACAUGCUCGUUUGUGCAGAUAUCGGAGACUUCUGUACCGCCAUAUUUGAUGAAGGGCGCAAUAGAAAAUGUCGUGAAAGCUAAGAAGCAGGAAUUUUAUAAAAGUUCAGAGGAGGUUGUGCGUUCUGUAAUGAAUUCCGACAUAUUCAAAGACCAAGAUCGGUUGAGAUAUCUAUUACAACGAAAAGAAACUUAUGAUGAAAACUCAGUUUGCACUGAUGCUAUUCUUACGGCAGUCUUCGACUUCUAUCUGGGAAAACAAUAUGCUAGGCAGAUGUCUGAUUCGAUGGGCAGACGAGAAAGUGGAUUGUUGAAAGGAAACUAUCUUUGGACUGGAACAUAUUUUGAAUGUUUCGAUGCUACAAAUGAUAAAGAUAUUACUGGACAAAUGUGUCAAGCAAUUAUCGCAAGUCAACCGAAUGCGACGGUUUUAGCUGGUUUAACCAUUGGUAUUUGUGUUCCUGAUGUUUGUACGGGGCCUCAACUCACUGCAAUAUCUCAAUCUUUACUUGGGAACAGCACUCCUGAAGGAAUAUACGUCACCGUGAUUUGUCCAGAAAGUGAAAACUUCGAUGUUGUUGAUAUAACAGCUUUUGUUAUUUUCGGUAUUUUGGGAACACUGAUUAUCUUGGCAACUACAUAUGAGAUAAUAAUUAUACUAAAAGAAAAACAGGCGACUUAUAAAAAUGGAAAAGAGCAAAUUAAAAAAGAUAUUCCUGCUUAUGGAAAAGCGAUUUUAUCAUUUUCUGUUAUUAAAAACACAAAAGCUUUGUUGGAUACAGAACAAAAAGAGGGAAAUUUGGAAUGCCUGCACGGACUUCGUUUCAUCAGUAUGUCAUGGAUCAUAUUAGGACAUACUGUUUCCUUUACUCUGGGAUUAACAGAUAACAUAAUCGAUAUAUCAAAUUAUUUCCUGAGCCAUGGAUCACUUCAAGCAAUUUCAAAUUCAACAUUUUCUGUCGAUACGUUUUUCUUUCUAAGCGGACUCUUGGUUGCUUACCUAGGUUUAAGGGAAAUGGAUAAACGAAAUGGAAAAAUAAACGUACCGUUGAUGUAUCUCAGUCGAUAUUUGAGACUCACACCUAGUAUGGCUGCAGUUAUGUUAUUUACCGUAAGUGUGUAUUCCCAAAUCGGUUUUGGUCUUUUCUACCAGCCGAUUAUGCAGGACUCCUUUUCAAAAUCUUGUCAGAAAUAUUGGUGGACUAAUCUGCUCUAUAUCAACAAUAUGUAUCCACCAGACUUGAACGACAUGUGUAUUGGUUGGGUUUGGUAUCUGGCAAAUGAUAUGCAGUUUUAUAUUUUGUCUCCGAUAUAUCUUCUGCUUUUCUAUCGAUAUCCGAAAGCUGGAAUUGGUGCUGUGAUUUUUACCGUUGUCGGAAGUGCUGCUAUCACUGGAGCACUUUCCAAUCAUUUCAAUAUCAUGUCUGAUGCCGUUACGUUAGCUUCCUUUUUCAGAUUUGUAAUAGGAAUAGGAGGCUCAGAUGAUAACCCAGUUCCAGUUAUGUCGAGCGACGAUUCGUUUUGGAAUGAAACUUACGUCAGGCCAUGGUGUAGAAUCGGAGUUUAUGUUAUCGGUUUGGCAACUGGCUACGUAAUCCAUGUAACGAAACGAAAAAUAAAAAUGAAUGAAGUAUUCGUCACAUUGAUGUGGGGAGCGGUUAUUGCAGUUGAGCUAUCUGUAAUAUAUGGAUUUUGUGGACCGAUUCUGUAUAACUAUACUCCCAGCAAUAACGUCAUGUAUUUUUACAACGCAGUAUCGAGACCCGUAUGGGCGCUUGGCCUGUCCUGGGUUACAAUUGCUUGCGUGUCAGGUUAUGGAGGCCCGAUCAACAGUUUUCUCAGUUGGAAGUUUUUUGUUCCGUUGAGCCGACUUUCUUUCUGUGCGUAUCUUAUUCACCCAUUGAUCGUGUCGUACAUAUACAUAUCUCGAGAAUACGAGAUGCAUUUCGCUAUUUACCUCAUGGUUUAUUAUUAUCUUGCUGUGUUGUUGUUAUCCCUUGGGUUAGCUUACUUACUCUCUAUGACCGUCGAAGCACCAAUGGCAGGGAUUUUGAAGCUCAUUUUCCCAAAGUCUACAAAACCCCGCGCAAAACAGCACGAAAUGAAUGGGCACGUCAACAGUGAAUUUACUGAUGGUAAAAUCACAGAGAAAAAUUCAAAAAUCGAAAUAGAAAAUGGCAACGUACUGGGAAAAACGGACAGUGAAAUUGACUGUGAUCGACUCUAACUUCCAACUUUUACAUCAUUGUAUGCUAAUGAUACAUGGUUAUGUUGAAGUGUGCUUAUUGUUCGACUUAAUGCCAAAGAUUUAUUGAAACCAGGUUUAUAAUUAUUGCUGCACAAGUGAACGCACGGAAUAUUACUUGCUUCCACGCAUUUUCUUAAAAAAAAAUUUUUCGAAUUGACAAGACACGUUUAAAUAUUACAAAAUUUCUCACCCAAUUGAACAAAACUUUAAUUGUUGCAAGAACCUACAAAUGUGAAGCAAUUACACUGCAAUCCUUUAUUAUUGUUUAAAUUCUUCUGUAAUUUUUCAUCUGCUUGCUAUGACCUUCACGAAUUAAGAGAAAAUAACAUACUGGUGACAAAAAUGUUUUCAGUUUUCUUUGGGGAUAUUCUCGGAUGAUAAUUAAUCGCGACCUAGAAAUUGUGAGAAUGUUUAACACUGCUGUCUUAUAUCUACAACUAUUGAAUAUGCUACUAGAAGCACUUUUAUUAAGUACGUAUCAGAUUCAAUAAAAUAGUUAUCAAAAUACACACAGUGGCCAGAACAUAGUGUUGGAC